AUGGCCGACUAUUUAGCCUCCAUCUUUGGCACUGAAAAGGACAAAGUCAACUGCUCCUUCUACUUCAAGAUCGGCGCCUGUCGACAUGGAGAGAGGUGCUCUCGCAUUCACAAUAAGCCCACCUUUAGUCAGACUAUUCUCCUGCAGAAUCUGUAUCAGAAUCCGCAAAAUGUGACGCAGUCGCUGGAUCCGCUGGGCAAAGGUAUUGUGCGCGUCAACACGAUGAGCGAGGAGGACGCCCAGGAGCACUUUGACGACUUCUUCGAGGACGUCUUCGUCGAGCUGGAGGACAAGUACGGCGAAAUUGAGGAGAUGAACGUCUGCGACAACCUCGGCGACCAUCUCGUGGGCAAUGUAUACGUCAAGUUUCGCAGCGAAGAGGACGCCGAACGGGCGGUGAAUGAACUGGGCAACCGCUGGUUCGGCGGACGGCCGAUUCACGCCGAACUCUCGCCGGUGACCGACUUUCGCGAGGCCUGCUGUCGGCAGUAUGAAAUGGGUGAGUGCACCCGCAGCGGUUUCUGCAACUUCAUGCACCUGAAGCCGAUUUCGCGAGAGCUGCGCCGUGAACUGUACGGCCGAAGACGGGCGGCCGCUCUGGAGCGACGAAUUGCCAGUUACAUUGGCGGCGGCGCUGACCGCUCGAUUACCGCCAACACUACCCGAAGAGGCGGCGGUAUGGACCUGGAGCGCAGUCCCUUUGGCCGAGACGAUGGCUACUCUCGCUCUUCGCGGGACCGAGACCGAGGCGACCGAGGUGGUGGUCGAGGAAGUGACCGAGGAGGAGAGACUAGGCGACGUGAAAGUCGGGACCGAGACCGAGACUCUCGACGUCGUCGUGGCCGAAGUGGCUCUCGCGAUGUGCCCUCUACCUCAUCUUCCUCAAAGCGCCGACGCUCCCGAUCUCGGUCCAAGGAGCGCAGCAGCAGCCGAAGCAAAAAGCACGCCGGAAGCAGCAGCAGCGGAAGUCGAAGUCGAGGUGAUCGUGGCGAUCGUGAACAUCAUCAUCGAACUGACCGAGGUGAGAAUGGUAAACUCGUCGUUAAGCGAGAAAUUGUUGAGGAGGAGGAGGAGAAGGUGCAAGUGUCCUGGACUGAGAACGUCGUGGCUAAUGUUGACAUUGUUAAAAUCGAACCCAAAGAUGACGUGACGGAGGGAGCGGCUGGAGCUGGUGGAAACGACCACAACGACAACAGCAACAACGAAAACUCAGCUGAUGACUUCGGCAGCUACAAUCCGGCACCGCCGCCAGCGUUGAAGAGAGAAGAUGAGGAGUACGCUGGAUAUGCUGAUCAUCAUCAUCACCCCCAGCAGGACUCUUAUGCUAAUGGAGGAGCUGCUGGAGGAGUGGCAGCGGCUGAAGAGGAGGAGGACAGCUCCAGAUACGGCGGCGGUGGUGGUGGUGGUCAUUAUCAGCAGCAGCAGGAGGAUCCACAGGCAAGUGAGGACCUAGAGGAGCACUACCUUCAGCAACUUCACCAGCAGCGACAGCAGCACCAACAACAGCAGCAGCAACAACAGCAGCAGCAUUAUCCACAGCCAAGGGAGGCGAACUCAGAGGAGUUCUACCGUGAGCGAUUUCACCACCGACAACUGGAGGAGGAGGAGGAGUUAAACGAUGUGUUCGCCGAAGGGGCGGUCAAGGUGGAACGGGAAGAGGACGGCGGUACUCAGCUGUACAAUGAUGACUCCAAUUCGAACUCGAACAGCAAUCAGAUGAUGGCCAACUACGGCUACGCCUACACCGGUGGUGAAGAUGAUGAUGAAAAUUGA